AUGCCAAUACAGCAACAGCCAAAUAGUUGCAACAUCAGAAACUCUUAUGAAUCGAGAAAAGAAGAGCCAGCUGAUUGUAGCAAUUCCCUAGAUCCACAAAAUCUGCAUAUACAUCAGCACGAAAAUCAAGUAACAUUAGAAGAAGAUGUGGAAACUGAAGACGGAAGUGACGGCGAGGAAAGUGAAGCCGGUGAACAUAUUGCAAACGCGGAUAAUGUAACAUUGUGUUACAAUAAUAAUUACUAUAACAACAACAAUAAUUACUACUACCACUAUUGCAACUUGAAUUAUAACCAACACCUAAACGAACAGUCCCAGUCCAAAACACAUUUGCUAAUACGUCAGCUAAAACGACGCACUGUACAAGAAAUUCUGCAGCGUCCAUUCCUUAUCCAAAUAGUCGCUCUUUUCAUGUGGUUCCACGGCAAAUUCUGGCAAUUCUACUACGAAACAUUGACACGAAGAUUGCAGUAAAGGCAGAAAAUUGAAUUACAUAUUGGAAGAAUAACAAUGCAAAAUUAAAAAAACGUAUAGGAAUCUAUUUCAACACUUUAAAGGAGUCUAGCAAAAGGAAAGAACCUAAGCAUUUCUUCUUGAUAACAUAAUAUUGGACGUUCUUAUGGAUGUUAGCAAUCUGUAACAGCUCAGAGACAGAUUCGGAUGGACACCAUAAUUAUAUUUAGUUUUAAAGUGUUUUUCCAUACUACUGUAUUUACCAACAAAACUUAGCUUAAUGCGCGUACUUCAAAAAGUCACAAUUAAAAAAACAGGAGUAGUAAAUGCAAUUGCCAAACGAUAAUAAGAACAAAUCGUUUGAAACUAAGAACUAAGAGUAAAAUAUAUUAAAUUUACUUACUUGCAUUCCAUUCAUACUUACAAUACUUAUAUUGAACACAAUAAAAUGAGUAAAGAAUUGCUGCGUGCAAUCUGAUAUACAAAAA